AAAGGCUUAUGGAAAUCUUAUCUUAUCUGUCCCAAACCCAACAGCUGCUAGCAUUAAAUGGUCUCAAAAACUCCACUCGUUUGAUCUUCUGUGUUGUCCACAGAACACAUUUUGCUUCCGAGGAAUGGCAAGUAAUGUACCACUGAGAAACCUGCUUUCUCUGGUACAAAAUCGUUCCUUGAAAACAUCCACUGCACCUCCCAAUACUUCAUCCCCAUCGUCAUUUACUGUACAAUACCUCCUUAGCUCAUCUGGGCUUCACUUAGAAUCUGUUCAUUCAGUUUCCCAGAAGCUCCAAAUCGAUGAAAGUGAUCUUCAAAACCCGCAUUAUGUCAUCGGGUUCUUGAAAGCUCACGAUUUUAAGGAUGCCCACAUAGCCAAAUUGAUCCACAAGUGGCCUGCUGUCCUCCAUUGCAAAGUAGAACACAAUUUGAAGCCUAAAUUUGAGUUCUUCAUAGAAAAUGGUUUUGUUGGUGAGAUUCUGCCCGAGCUUAUUGUAUCAAAUCCGGAUGUUUUGAGAAGGGCUUUAGAUUCUCGAAUUAUACCAUGCUUUGAGCUUUUGAAGUCGGUUCUUGGUUGCAGUGAGAAAGCUGCAUCGGCUUUUAAGCGUUGUUCGGUAUCAAUGAUGUCUGCCAUGGAACCGAACAUUGAUCUAUUGAUAAAAGAGGGAGUGCCUGUCGAUAGGAUUGCAAAACUGAUUAUGUUGCAACCAAGAACUAUACAGCAAAAGCAUCAGAGGAUGAUUUAUGCUGUGAAAGCUCUUAAAGAUUUGGAAAUCGAUUCAAAGACUACCGUUUUUAUACAUGCUCUUAGAGUGAUGUUACAAAUGAGCGAGUCCACUUGGAACAAGAAAGUUGAAGUGUUGAAGAGUUUGGGGUGGACCGAGGAGGAGAUUUUACAGGCUUUUAAGCGAUGCCCCUUUUGUUUUACAUGUUCGGAGGAGAAAAUCAGGAGUGUAGUGGAUUUCCUGGUGAACACAUUGAAGAUGGAACUGCGAACUGUAAUUGAACGUCCCGAGUUUCUUAUGCUGUCUGUUGAUAAAAGGAUUCGUCCAAGGUACAAUGUGUUAAAGAUUUUGGAGUCGAAGAAGCUGGUUAUUGGGAAGAAGAAUAUGAAGCAGUUGCUAACAAUGAGGGAGAACAAUUUCUUCCAGAACUAUGUCAUUAAGUAUGCAGACAAGGUCCCAGGUUUAUUGGAGGCAUAUGAGGUUCUUCCAAAGCAAUAAAGAUAGAUUCUUGAUGGCAAAAGAUGGGAUCAUCUGUUUGCCAGGCAUAUCUGCUACAGUAUCAUAUAUGGAACAGAUGCGCAUACAGGUUUCCAGUCAAGCACUUGUUGAUUAAGUACAUUAUUUUGUUCUGGAAUUCUUUUGGACACGCAACCAACUAUUCCCUGUUUAUAAAGUAGGGCUCUUUUCUCAGAUUAAGAGCAGUUUUAGCGUCAUGAAUACAGGUUAUUGGGUCGUUAUAAGCUAUAUUUAACAGUUUGGAAAAAUAUGAUAGCACAAGGCUUGUCGAAGUUAUUCGAGGAUUAAUGACUCGGGCUUCCGGACUUGGCUAUGCAAAUUUAACAACUGCAGCUCUAGCUGGCUGUUUUAGUAGCAGGUGAUUUUGCUGGAGAUGUUGAUUUUGAGUGUAUCAUCGAAGGGCAAAUCAGCCCCCUCUCUCAAGGUAAUCAUCUUGCCAGCAAUGAGGAUACUGGGCCAUGGAAGUGAAGAGGGUGGCUCUAGGCACCCGCCAUGCUGGUAUCCUACAUUUGAUAUCUUCAUAGAUCCCAUUAUUGUAUAUCCAUUAACAAAGGCAAAUCAUUUUACCUCAUUCUUCCUCUCAGAAAGAACCAUUGGUUGGUUAUUCUUUGGAUGAACAGGUGAAGUGGACAUUUCUGUCUCUGUCCAAUUUGACAUCCAAUUUCUGUCUCAGAAAAUCCAAACUCAUCCUGUUGUUUGUAAAUAUAUUAAAAAAAUAAAACCUUAGCUCCAAAAAUUGCUACAUUA